AAUCCGAAAUUUCCGUCAUGCGUCGCCAAGCUCGGUCACGACGAGCUUGUUCUCAUAGAACUACAAGGCACGCUCGAUAUCGAGUGCGAUGGAGACAGCACUAGAGACGGGCAGUUCGUUGGCAAAUUGAACCUCAAGGACGCCAACAAACCCACGUUGAUCAUCGGGCAUCAUCUACUCGAGGGCAAGGUCGUAACCUUGCCCAAGCCGUUGGGCGUGAUGCAUCGCAAGGAAAGCUCCAAGAGACAUGGCUAUCCUGGUGAUGAAGAUAGUUCUAGAUCGGUGGAAGACACUUGGAACCCCGGCGUUAGCUGGGGCAUCAUCGCCGUGGUGAAGAAAAAGAUUGUGUUCUCCAAACGACCCAUGCCGAUCGUGAACUCGGGCGGUAGUGCUCAGAGUGGCAAGGUUUGA